ACUCGCAGCAGCUCGCAGACGCACUUUCGUGUCAAGAGUUAGGCAGAUUUUGCGAGCUGGAGAUUAAAUGAAAUAAAUCCUGAAGUUUUUUUUUUAAAUUUUACUUAUUUCUAUCUAGAAAUCUGUUGUUUUUUUUUAAAUAUCUAUGGAUAGAAUCCACAGUUGUGGGUUAAAGCCUACGUUGGGCCUCAGUUGGCCUUCCUGUUGCUGGGACCAGACGUGAGGUGUCAGUGAAGGAUUCAGCUGUAGUCACCGGCGUUUGCUGGACUAUCAGAACUGGAAAGAUGCUAUUGGGCACAAGAAUAAAAGAGAAACCUGCACACUUCCAGUCAUCAGAAAAAAAAUUUAUCUUUAAAUUUAGGACAGGACAACAGUCGUAUGUGCUAACUGCACCCCUACAGAUCCCAAUGCAAGGAAGUAUCAAUGAUUUACAUGGUCGUCUUAUGCUCUUACAUAAUCUUCCUUAUUUUGUUGAGAAUGAUUUAAAAAUUUCCCUUUAUCAAUUUAUUAAUGAAGAAACUAAAAGGAAUUAUGACAAAGAAGCAGAAGCUGCUUUAGAAAAACUAAAAAGCAACGAAUUGAGUACCGAACAGCUUGUUAAUGCUUGGGCAAAAGCUUACCAGGAGACCACAUUAGAAUACGCUAGGCCUGAAGAGCCAAGUUGGGAUGAAGAUUUUGCAGACGUGUACCAUGAUUUGAUUCAUUCUCCAGCCUCUGAGACUCUACUAAACCUCGAACAUAAUUACUUUGUUAGAGUUUCAGAGCUCAUAAGUGAAAGAGACAUGGAAUUAAAGAAACUUCAGGAAAGGCAGUCUGUAGAAAUGGACAAAGUGAUGCAAGAGCUGGGAAAAACACUUACAGAUCAAGAUGUAAACUCAGUCGCUGCUCAGCAUUUUGAUUCCCAACAGGUACUGGAGAAUAAAUGGGCCAGUGAAUUGAAACAACUAAUGACUAUUCAGAAACAGGAGUACCAAGAGUGGGUAAUAAAACUACAUCAAGACAUGAAAAAUCCUAACAACAGUACAGUCAGUGAGGAAAUCAAGGUAAAGCAAAGUCAAUCCACAGUAACAAAUGAACGAAUGUUUGAAGAACGAUCACUAUUGGAAGAAAGUUUUACCAUACAUUUAGGAGCCCAAUUGAAAACCAUGCACAACUUACGGCUAGUGAGAGCUGACGUCCUUGAUUUUUGCAAGCACAAGCGCAAUCAACAAAGUGGUGUUAAACUUCAGAGAUUACAGACAGCACUGUCACUAUAUUCCACUUCCCUCUGUGGGCUUGUCUUGCUUGUCGAUAACCGCAUCAAUUCCUACAGCGGCAUCAAACGAGAUUUUGCAACGGUUUGCCAGGAGUGCACAGAUUUCCAUUUCCCUAGAGUGGAACAGCAGCUUCAGAUUGUCCAGCAAGUUGUACUUUAUGCAAGUGCUCAACGUAACAAGAAGAUAAAGGAAAGAGCUGAACUGCCAAAUGGAAAUGGGGGGAAUGAAGAUAAGUCAAAGACUGGAGAAAGAAAUCCGUCAAAUAUUUUACCAGGAGAAUUUUACACCACAAGGCAUUCUAAUCUUUCUGAAGUUCAUGUUGUUUUUCACCUGUGCGUGGAUGAUAAUGUGAGGUCUAGCAAUAUUACAGCCCGUGAUCCCGCAAUUAUGGGCCUACGGAACAUUCUGAAAGUCUGUUGCACUCAUGACAUUACAACAAUAACAAUCCCUCUGUUACUGGUGCAUGAUAUGUCUGAGGAGAUGACAAUACCUUGGUGUCUGAAAAGGGCAGAACUUGUGUUUAAGUGUGUAAAAGGCUUUAUGAUGGAAAUGGCAUCCUGGGAUGGAGGAACUUCUCGCACUGUCCAGUUCCUUGUACCACAGGUGAAUGAGGACAGAGGAGAGGAACAGAGGAAACAACACUGGAACGAGUAUUUCAGAGGAAAUGUUCUACCAGUUGAGCAACAUGCUACCUCAGAUUUUUAGAGUGUCAUCCACCCUGACCCUGACCUCCAAGCGAUGAACAAACAAACAAUCCACUGAACAGCAAGUGAGUUAUGCUGACAGGUCACUUUUUGUGUGGGCUUCGGACAAGAUAUUAAAAAUAAUCAACACUGCAUGAUGUUUCCCACGGCAGUUAGGAAAGACUUUUCUCACUUCAGCAGAAUCUCAGACAUUUAAAAUUGUUGCACUUAAUUUAAAAUAUGCAUCAAAACUUAUUGUACUGUCAAAAUGAAAAUGAUAUGUCUUAAAGACGAUACUUGUCAAGUUACCAAGUAAUGUUGUUACAAGCAGAUUUAAUGAGUUGUACUAAAUUCCUCUUUCCAUAAUUUCAGCCACCAAAAUUAUGGAAAUAUUAUGGUUUAAUUCCUCCGCCAAAAUAAAAAGAUUUGACAUGAAUGCAUUAAGCCUUUGUACAGUCACAUCCUCACUAUAUUUCCAGACUAUAGGACAUAUAAUCCUGAAGAUGUAAAAAAUUAUUCAGUUUCUACUUCCCUUAUUUGUACAUGUGUGAGGUAAUGUUGUCGGCCUAAGAAUAAUUAGAUUUGAGAAACUGAUUACUGAUUACUGUCUAUAUAUUGCUUAGAUAACAUUAGUUGCUGAAAAGUUUCAUAUUUAUGUACAGGUAGGUAUUUAAUUAUGAAGCUAGAAUUACUUUUCCAUGCCUUUUAACAUUAUGCAACUAGUUGGUCCAUCUAAAUCCAUUACAAAUUGAUCAUAAAUGAGGCAGUCAACUAAUACAUUUUUUAGUCCUGAGACUUAAAACAUGGAUGAUUAAGUGUGCCAUCAGAACCGCAAGCAUAUUGCAAUAAUGUACAAGUAUAAUAGUAAUAUGUAUAAAGUGAUGCAGAUAUCAUAAGGUGGUUUAAUUCUAUUCAGUUACAAGUUUCAGCUAUGAAUUAAUUCCCAAUGGUGACUUGGAGAGUUUAAGUCCUAGUAAGUAAUUUAUAGGAUUUUGAACAUGUAUUUAAAAUGAAGUCACUUUGGACACUAAGUGGCAUUAAAGGACCAAAUCACUUCAAAAACUGUAAAUGGAAAGUUAUGUUUGAAGUUGGUGUAACAGUGAGCCAUUGAUAAUUAACUUAUGACAUUAUUAUUAUUAUUUAUCUGCAGAUUCACAGGUCAUAAAAUCCAUUAUUCAUUAUUUUUCACAUAUUUGUCCAAAAGAAAUUAAGUUCAGUUGCACUUAGUGUACAGAAAAAUGAAUGAAAACAUUUUAAAAUAUGUUAGGAUCCUGUGGGAAUGGUUACUCAUAAUCUCAUGAAUAUAAAAUGAUUUGUCUCAAGAUUAUACAGUUUUGUAUUUGAAGAAGUAAAGAGCAUUUAAAAAUUAAACCGUGAUGCUGACUAAUUUAACAUUUAUGUAUGUUGUGUGCUGUUCUGGUGUCUCCUUUCCUGGAAGAGUGUGGAGUCUUUGGAGAGGGUGCAGAAGAGGUUCAUUAGGAUGCUGCCUGGAUUAGAGAGUAUUACCUAUCAGGAGAGGUUGGACAAACUUGAGUGUCAGAGGCUGAGGGGAGACCUGAUAGAGGUUUAUAAAAUUCUGAGAGGUGUAGAUAGGGUAGAUAGUCGUAGUCUUUUUCCCAGGGUAGAAAUGUCAAAUGCUAGAGGACAUGGCUUUAAGGUGAGAGGGGGAAAUUUUAAAGGAGGUGUGCGAGUUAAGUUUUUUUUACACAGGGUGGUAAGUGCGUGAAACGCGCUACCAGGCAUGGUGGUGGAAGCAGACAUGAUAGUAGCAUUUCAGAGGCAGUUUGGCACAUGAUGAUGCAGAGAACGGAGGGAUGUGGAUCAUGUACAAGCAGAUAGGUUUAGUUUAAUAUGGCAUCAUUGUCAGCACAGGCAUUGUGGGCCAAAGGGCCUGUUGUAUUGUUCUAUGUUGUAAUGCUAAUGUGCAUGGCUGUUUGUGGAUGUGCAUCACCUGAAGCUCAUCAUUUGCUGGUGUUAUGUUUGUAGCAGCUUCAACUUCACCACAGGCAUUCUACAGCACUUCCUGAAAGCAUUAAGUGUGCAUUGAAAGUAGGUUUUCGGGAAUCUUGCAUCAUGAAUCCUGUAGUGUUAAACAGUCUUACAUGUCCUCACAUUUUGGAUAAAUUAAAAAUUAUGUUUGAAUUUAUCUGUUAACACUUUGUGCCCUGAGUCAGGAGACUGUGGGUUCAAGUCCCACUCUAGAGUCUUUAACAAGAAGAAUUUCUAGGUAGUCACUCUGUGCAAUCUUGAAAGGUUGUAACACCAUUAGAGAUCUAAGUCUUCCAGGUGAGAAUGGCUCAUUUUGUGCUCUUUAAAUCUCCUGCACAAAA